GCCUCCUGCGGGACUCUCUAGCAGUUCCCUCCCUUCAUCUCUCCACCCCCACCCCGGCUGCAAAGAUCCAGCUCCCACCCUUCGGCUUCUUUCUUUCUGGGGGGAGCAGUGUGGUAGAGAAGGGGGGCUUUUCCUUGGACGCCCCCGCCGCCGUCCCUUCCGCCUUGGAGACUCUCUUCCUUCCUUCCUCUUUUUCCUUACGCAAUAGACAAAUACGCGAGGCGGUGGUUGGUUUCCAUUUCUUCUUGGUGCUUGUGUGCAUGCGGUGCGGUUGUGAGAGUGCGUGCGCGCUUGCUGCUGCGGGUGUGAGCUGCUCCCCGGGAAGGGGUGGGGGGCGGGCCAGGCGGCGAGCUGCUUUCCUGGCGCUGGGCUGUGCGUGUCCUGGUGGGGUGGUGCCUGUGCCGUCGGGCUAUGUGGGUUUGGACUCUCCAAGCCCCCCCAGUCUCCAGCCCCGGUGCGCUUUCUUAGUGGUAUGUGAACAUGCUUGGGGCCUGGUUGACGAGGACCUGAUUGUGUGCAUUGGGGUGUGUGGCCUUUGCUGCUGUGUCUGUCGGGUUUCGUUGUUCCCGCCCUGUGGAGUCCCGACUGCAGUGGGCCGUGUGUCCGUGGGCGACUGCGUUGGACUGAUUUCGUUGUGCUGUGCGGGAGAAUGUGCGGAUCUAGCCAGUUGGCUGGGGUGGGUGGGGGGCAGUGCCGGGCACCGUGGGGCUGGGCAGUGCGUGGUCCUGUCCGCGCUGGAUUGUGUACCCAUGCCCCACACACGCACACGCACACACUGAUGCAUUUGCAAAUCUCCGGGGAGCUGGAGGGGAGGGCGAGCGCGAAAUGCAGGCACAAAUUGAGGAGGUGGCCUGGGGGCGGGGAGAGGGAUUUCACAUUUUAUUCCAAAUUAUGAUGUAUUCGAAAGCCACUGCGGGCUUGGAUUGGCGGGCACAGUCCUAUGGGCUGCGCGCUUCGCCGGCCAGGCUGUUUGGGGGGACACAGGGGGGUCGUUAGUGAGCAGGACAGGCUCUUCCAGGCUCUACGCAGAGCAGCACCCGCCGCGGCCCGAGCCUCCAGGACUGUAGCUGUCGGCUUCGCUUCCCUCGCCGGCGGUCAGGCUGCGUCCAUUUCGGACCGCCUAGGAUCACAACUGGGCCUAACUGCUGGUCUCUCGGGGGAGAGCAAAGACCCCUGUUGGUGCUCUGGACCUCGGCUCCUGCCUCUCUGUGGCAGAGGAGUGGAGAGCCUAUUCAGAGGGGCCAGGCUCUCUAAAUAUGCUCCAGGAUGACGGAGCAGCCGCCGAGCGAGGCGGCACGCAGUGACACCCCGCUGGAGGGACGGGACGCGUCCGAGCCCCGCAUGGCACCCCCGCACCUGGUCUUGCUGAACGGUGUCGCCAAGGAGACGAGCCGCGCGGCCCCCGCCGAGCCGCCGGUCAUCGAGCUGGGCGCGCGCGGCGGCCCGGGGGGCGGCCCCACAGGUGGGGGCGGCGCCGCGCGGGACUUAAAGAGCCGCGACGCGGCGGCUGCCGAAACGCGCCAUCGGGUGCCCACCACUGAGCUGUGCAGGCCGCCCGCGCCCGCGCCCGCCCCCGCCCCCGCCGAGCUGCCAGCCGAUGGCCGCAUGGUGCAGCUGAGCCCGCCCGCACUCGCGGCCUCCGCCGCCCCCGGCCGCGCGCUGCUCUACAGCCUCAGUCAGCCGCUCGCCUCCCUUGGCAGUGGUUUUUUUGGGGAGCCUGAUGCCUUCCCUAUGUUUGCCACCAACAACAGAGUGAAGAGGAGACCUUCUCCUUAUGAAAUGGAGAUUACUGAUGGCCCCCACACCAAAGUCGUGAGGCGCAUCUUCACCAAUAGCAGGGAGCGGUGGCGGCAGCAGAAUGUGAACGGGGCCUUUGCUGAGCUUCGAAAACUGAUUCCCACACAUCCCCCGGACAAGAAGCUCAGCAAGAAUGAGAUCCUCCGCCUGGCCAUGAAGUACAUUAACUUCCUGGCCAAGCUGCUCAAUGACCAGGAGGAAGAGGGUACCCAGCGGGCCAAGUCUGGCAAGGACCCUGUAAUGGGGACUGAUGGAGGGGGUGGCGGUGGAGGGGGUGGUGUGCCUCCAGAUGACCUCCUGCAGGACGUCCUCUCCCCCAACUCCAGCUGUGGUAGCUCCCUGGAUGGGGCAGCCAGCCCGGACAGCUACACAGAAGAGCUGGCACCCAAGCACACAGCCCGUGGCCUCCAUCCUGCCAUGUUGCCCACCACGGAUGGAACUGGCCCUCGGUGAUGGGCGCAGGCCACCAGAACCAGCCAAGAGGGUGCAUAGCCUCUGUGACUGUGGGCUUCAGGGCGGCUGGGGUGAGGUUUGGCAGCUCUGAAGCAGAGUGAUGCAUGGACUGGAGCUUCCCUUCCUAGCUGAACUUUGGGGAGCCCUCUAUGCCUGUGGGGGCUGACUUUCCCAUUUCUUGCCUCGGUAGAACAACAGAAAGAUGGGGCAAAGUGGUAGGUACUUUUUAUGAAGAUGGCACGGUCUUCCCUCUCCCCAGAUCCCUCAGACUUCCCAGGUAGGAGGCCCAAGUGGCACUGCUUUUGAUCUGGAGCUUGGGAGCCCUGUCUUUUUUGAGACUUGGGGUUGUCAGCUCUCACUUGAGAUGCCCAACAGCCUCUGCCUUGCCUUUAGCUUCUCCCCAGCUGACUGGGGUGACUUUUGUGGCCACUCUGCCCAAAUAUAUAGGUACCCAAUAACUGCCCAUCUCUAGAGCCCCAGGCCUAUGCCAGUCCAUCCAGCUUGCCAGCUGCUGCAGAGUCAUGAGCCACAAGGUGCCUUCUUCAGGGUGAAGAAGAUGGCCAAUGGACAAACUGCUGUUGACUAGCUGGGCCAAAAGGACAGAAAAUCCAGUAGUCCUUACUUCCUGCCCUGGUGAUCAAAGAUUUCAAAGCUCUGCUUUCUUCCUUCUGAGACUUGCUUUCCUCACCCUGAUGGCUGUGGGUGAUCAAGUCCGCAGCUAUGAACAUACCCUGCCGGAUCUGGUGUGGAAUCAGGCAAAAGGGGAAUGAUUAGAGUGAAAUUGAACAAAAGCAAUUUUGGGCAUGCAGACUCCAAGUCUUGGUGGGACCUCAGAGCUACCUACCUGCACAUUCCCAGCUCAACAUCACUGUUCAUGCUGGUGAGCAGGUGCCAGCGUGCUGAUGGGCAUAUGUUGGUGCUGAGAGUAGCAUGGCCGUUGGGCUGUGAAGUCUCCUCGAUGCUCAGAGGACCUUCCCUCCUGCAGUGUCUGGCCUGAUCUGAAUACAAGUUCUGCCCCAUAAACACCUGGCAUUGGAGAUUUUGACUUGACUUCAGUUAUUGGUGGGGUCUUUAGGCCUUGCUAUGACUUGGGCUAUAACCUCGCCUUUAGGGCGUGGGCACUCCAAUCAGAGAUGUGGCUCGGGUGAGAUGUAAGCAUAUGCACAUUUCCUUGGCAGCUUUCAGUCAUCUGGGGUGUGUGUGGGAGUCUGACUUAAUGCAAUAGAAGCCCCCUCCAAAAGUUGUACAUGAAAACAUUUUUAUUUUUAUUUUUUGUAAAUCAAACCCUAUCCACUAUCUUUUAAAAAACUAGUACAGCAAGUUGUUUCGUAAAGUGAUGAAUCCUUUCGUCCUGUGGCCCACUGCCUCCUUAUUGAUUUUUGGUGUCAGUCCAGUUGGUGGGAUAUCGUUUCCUUAAGGCAAGGUCUGCCUGUAACCUGCAUUCCAAGCUCAUGGGACAAAACACAAUGAAGGGAUGCUGUCAUUGUACCCUCAAAUCAAUCCAGCUGAGGCUCUGUGAGGUUUGAGGGAAUCAAGCCUAUGGUCCUAUCUAUAGUGAUUUGGAAGAACUAUUCAGAAAGUGCUCCCACAUCCUGGGUUUCAGGCCAGAAGCAUCUCUUGUGAUGGGGCCUUGAAUGGUCCCUGCUGUCCUCCUUCCCCUUUCUUUUUAAGUUGUGAGGCCAUCUCUUGGAGAUGGGUACAACCUGGACAACCCUCACAGCACUCUGACUUUUCACCCUGCUUGACCUCCCUAAAUCAUGUGCUGACAAGUAUUAGUAUUGGUUCCUUCCUAGUAUCUGGAAGACUCACACCAGUCAAAAGUUGGAACACCCAUCUUAGGUCCCCAGGUUGUGUUUACUUUUCAGUAAAUUAACUUAAUUCACUAGAAAACAGCCAUUAGUGCUUUAGGAGAUGGAUCAGAUUUGAUCAGGAUCUCAGGCUCUCAGCUCUCUUUCCUCUCAAACUGCAGGGUAACCUGUAUAUUCUUUCUGUUUUAGUUUCUUAUACAUCCCCUGGCUUGACCUGUUUCAGAUCAAAGUUGUAUGAAAGCAACAAAGUAGAUGCAUUUGUAGGCUAUGGAAAACUCUGGUGUCCCUGCUGUCAAUCCUGCAGUGUGGGGUUUCCCAAGCUGAGUCCAGGAGCUAGGCCAUACUGUCAUGAUAAUCUGGUUCUAAACCACUUUUUGUGUGAGUUAUCUAGAUUGUUCCCAUUUCUCCAGAUUGACCUCAUUUCUGUCUCACUCCAAGACAAGGGACAGGAAUGAGAAUGGAAAAAGUAAAUGGGAACAUGGACAGAGCAUGUGAGAUUAAGUACAGCUCUCCAAAAUGGACCUUGGGAGGGAAGGUCAAGGCUUCAUUUCUUUGUAAGAACUAGAGAAGAGCUGCAAUUUUUAUUUUCAUUUCCAUAUCCUCUCUCUACCCUUCUCUUUUCUCUGCCUCCUCCCAACCUUGAAGAAAUGGCAACAUUCCAGGAAUAAUUUUUGUACAAAAGGGGAAAAUUUGAAGGUAAAUAAAAACAAACCGGUGGAGGCAAAGAUGGUUGUAAAUGACUGGAAGGAAUCACAUCAUUUUAAGAACAAUCCAUACUUUGAUUUGUAGUGGCAAAUGACAAGAUGGUACAGCCUUUAUCCUUUUCCACGAAUGAAACAAAAGGCACAGCAUCCAUAGUCAGCUGACAGUUACUGGCUUUUAGGGGUGGGUCCAGUCGUACUGGUGAUCUGAAUGGUACAUGACCCCCCGCUGAAGGCUUGCCCCUGCCCCUGUACAUAGCGCAUUAUUUCUGUGGGCGGGCCCAGCACUUUCCGUCAAUGUUGUACUGUACGUGAUGAAUUACGUUGGUCUCUGCAUUUUUCUGCAGAAGAGUAACCACUCCAGGUACCUUGACCUUUGUACAGCCCAGAGGCCAACACUGUGGGUGUGUGACUCUAGCGACAAAAGCUAUGUGGUGAUGAUGUCUGUAUAUAUAUAAGGAUAUAUCGGAAGAUUUCUAAAUAAAAGUUUUACAAAGGG